GACGUGGAUUCUUAGUGGUAUUAUCAUGAUGAGUUUCCUACUGUCGAUUGUUUUCUGCUCUACGCUUAUCCUUUCUGUAGAUGUUGAAGUGGUACUUGGAUCGCAUGUAGUAGCUGGCUAUGUACCCGGGAUCAGCGGUAUUCCAAGAAUAAACAAGACAAAUUGUUUAAACGAUGAGAUUCUCAAGGAUCGAUCUCUGUCGGAUGCUCUCGAAUGUGCUCGUACAUGUCGCAAAGGAGAGCCCCGAAAAACUUGUUAUUACCGUUUCGUCGUUGAACGUUAUCCUGUCAAUGGCCAAGCGUGCCAAUACUGCAAUCCAAACUUUACCAAUACAAUGUGCGCCGAUUGUCAGUGCAUAAUCGCUAAUGGAGUGGAGCGAAUGGGUUUGUCCGUGAACAGAAUGAUCCCAGGGCCGAGCAUACAAGCCUGCCUCGGUGAUCAAAUCGUGAUCGAUGUUACGAAUAAUAUACAAUCCGCUGCAUUAACGAUCCAUUGGCACGGUGUUUUUCAACGGGGCACUCAAUACAACGACGGUGUGCCUUUCGUGAGCCAGUGUCCAAUCCCACCUGGAACUACUUUCAGGUAUAAUUAUUUUGCAAAUAAUGCUGGUACUCAUUUCUGGCACGCUCAUACGGGGUUGCACAAGAUGGACGGUGUUUUCGGAUCGUUAAUAUUCCGGGAACCGGAAGAAAAUGACCCCAACUCGCGGCUUUACGAUUUCGAUUUAGCAAAUCACGUGAUCGUUAUUAACGACUGGAUGAACGAAGAAGCAACGGAACGAUCACCUGGACGUAAUACUGGCGUUACUCGUCAGCUUCCUGAUGCAGUAAUAAUCAAUGGAAAGGGGCAAUCUCAGUACGCUAACGGCACUGUGACAUCCAAUAAUGUAUCUGUUAUCACGGUGGAUCCCGGUAAACGUUAUCGGUUCCGUUUAGUUAACGCUUUCUGUAGUACCUGCCCAGGUGAAUUUUCUAUCGAAGGACAUGCUCUUACUGCCAUCGCGUCAGAUGGCGAGAACUUCAAACCCAAAAUAGUGAAUUCCAUCAUUUCGUUGCCAGGAGAACGAUACGAUUUUGUGUUACACAGUAAUCUACCCCCCGGUUCUUAUUGGAUACAGCUUCGUGCGUUAGGCGAUUGCACAAAUUCGAGUAUUCAAUCGGUAGCUAUAUUGAAAUACACUGGUAUUUCUGUGAAACCACUCAUACCGCCGCCAUCUUACAAUAGAAUUUUCACCGGAGUCACUUUGAAUGCAGUACAGAGCAGCUGCAAUCUUUUGGAUCCCACUCAACUUUGCAUCAACGCUUUGCAAAAUGCCAAACCAAUCGAUGAUGCUAUCAGAAGAAAACCGGACCUACAAUUUUAUUUACCGAUAGGAUUGCUUAGAUAUUCGCCGCAGGACAUAUUCAGGCCCAAUACGUACAAUAAUUUCCAAGUGCCUGUACCCUAUGUGCCUAGUGUGGCAUUGGUAGAUGGAAUAUCUUAUACGCCAGCGCCUUCUCCGCCGAUUUCGCAAUUGCAGGACCUGCCACCUGAUCAAUUCUGUGAUUCUCGUCAUUUGCCAGCCAGAUGCAGUAGAAAUAACACGUGCUCGUGCACGCAUAUGCUACGUAUCCCAUUGAACUCCGUCGUAGAAAUCGUCAUGGUCGACAGUUUUAAUGUGUCGAAUUUGGAGCAUCCCUUCCAUUUGCACGGAUAUGCGUUCAAUGUUCUUGCAAUGGGUCAGCCUCUUGGUCCCAUUACCAACGGCACCAAUGUAUUGACUACGGAUUACGUGAAGAGACUUGAUGCAAAUAAGCAGAUACGAAGGAAUUUGAUCGAUCCGCCUGCCAAAGAUACCAUUGCAGUACCAAAUAACGGAUACGUCGUAUUCAGGUUCCACGCGACAAAUCCGGGGUAUUGGUUCUACCACUGUCACUUCAUUUACCAUCAAAUGGCCGGUAUGGAACAAAUUAUACACGUUGGAGAACAAAGCGAUCUGCCGCCAGUGCCGCCGAAUUUCCCAAAAUGUGGCAAUUUCAAACUGCCGAUUCAUCAACCGGUUUAAAAAUAAUUUGAAUCAUUCAACAAAAUUAAAUUACGCUCAAUGAGAAACGAACGUUUUUCACAUACAAAGUGUUUUUGGUAAUUGCGUUCAUCACAUCAUCGAUUUAUCGCUAUUGAAAUUCCAUUUACAUAGAUUACAGUCGACAUCGUUAUGGCACGUAUUAGUUAAAUGAAAGCCAUACACUAUACGACAAGUCAUACUUGUAAGAUUUUGUAAAUACAGUCAUCUUUUCGUCCUAGAUAGGUUUUUAUAUUGAAUAAAGUUG